AUGCCGAAACGCAAACACUCCGACCUCUACACCACCAAAAACCCCGUCGCGAACGACGAAACCACCCGCAUCGCGAACCGCCUCUCCGUCAAAUUCGACUAUGAAGUCAACGUCCUCUCGCGCGCACUGAAACUCUCGCGCGGCUUCGAAAAGCAGAAAAUGGGGAGACGGGGGAAGAAAGCACGGAGCGAGGAGGGUGCGAAGCCAGGGACGGUGGGGAGGUUAGAGGAAGAGAAUAAGAUUCUCAAGGCCCUCGACAUGGACAAAACAGCAAGCAAAUACCUCCUCAAACAACUUGCGCGCACAAAACGUAUCGCUGAAGCGCCUGCGUUCAUUUACUUCCGGGAGAACUCGAAGAAGAGUAUCUCGCUUGAGGGGCCGCAGAGUGCUGCGGAAGGGAAUGUUCUUGCGAGGCUUUACAAGUCGAAUCCGGUGAAGGAGGUGUUCCCGGGCAUUAUGGAAGGUUUCAAGAAGCUUCUGGGGUUGGAGGAUGUGGCCAAGGGGAAGCAGGAGAAGCAGGGCGGUACCUCGGAGAAUACGGCGCGGGGGAAGAACGAGGGUGCUAAAGAGAGCAAGCAGCCCAAGGCCAAGGUCAAGGAUGAGGGUGCCAUUGAGGAGACAGACGUGGACGUAAACAUGGACGAAGAGGCUGCAAGUGGCAGUGAAGACUCCGACGCCUUUGCACAAUUCAGCUCCCGCCUGGCCGGCUCCGACUCUGAAUCCGAUGACGACGACGACGACAAGGACCGCCCCGACCCUAUGGCCAUCUCCCCCUCCCCAUCGCGCUCCCCAUCCCCCGGCCUUGACCUCGAACCCUCAGCCUCCCCCUCAGCCUCUCCCGAGCCAGAACCCUCCCCCGCCAAGAAACCUAAAACCAAAACCUCCAAAUCCGCCCCCGCAACAAGCACAACUUUCCUCCCCUCCCUCUCAAUGGGCGGCUAUAUCUCCGGCUCCGAAUCCGAGCCCUCAGACGACGAAGACGCGCAGCCGCGCCGCAAGAACCGCAUGGGUCAACAAGCUCGUCGCGCUCUUUGGGAGAAGAAGUUCGGGUCGCGCGCGAAUCACCUCAAAAAGCAGGCUGCUAAGGAGAAGAGGAAUCGGGAUAGUGGGUGGGAUGUGCGAAGGGGUGCUACUGGUGGUGGUAGUGGUUCUGCUACUGGCGCGAAUAGGGAGAUGAGGGGGAAUAAACUUCAGAGGGGUGGUGAGAAUAAGAGGACGGAGCCUAAAGAUGAUAAACCGAUACAUCCUUCGUGGGAGGCAGCUAGGAAGGCGAAGGAGCAGCAGGCGAGUACGGCGGCAUUCAAGGGGAAGAAGGUCACUUUUGAUUAG